UUUUGUUUGUGUGGGGUCUGACUGAAUGUGAGAUUGGACAAGAAAGUCUGAAGUUUUCGGGAGAAAUGUCAACUCGUUUUCCUUCGCUGUUUCCAAAAUUGUCAGAUCCAUUAUGGUUUGAUAUCGAUAAACCAUUUGAGGAUGAAAAUCAGCUUGCAGAGGAGGAGAAAGAGCAUCAAAAUUGGCUGAAGAGUAUUGAGGAAAAGAGCAAAGAUGUUAUACCAAUUGGAAAAACAACAGCUGAGCCCUACGGAGAUUAUGACGAGGAGGAAGAAGAAGAUGAAGAUGAAAUUGAAUCUGACGAGGAAUCGGAUGAACCUGAUGACCUAGAGGUCACAGACUAUGACCAGGACUCACCUGAUGAUGUUGAGAUGGAUAUGAGUAAUGAUGUAGAGGCAUCCAACUCUCCACCAUGGAUGAUGUAGAGAUCUUAAGACGAGGAGAGGGAAAUCUUCAAUGCUGAGGCUGACUUCAAGAUGCGAUGUAUACCUGCAGACAGUCUUCAGCUUGAAGGGAACAAAGCGACCGUUGAUAGGAAUCCACAGCUCUUCGAGUGAGAAUACCCAACCAACCAAACCCUAUUGUAGACAUGGUAGAGGUGGAGCAUGUGUACGCACCUACCAACAGCGACUUUCUGAUGACCUGUGGAUGGUUGGUAUUGGAAUAUAAAGCAACUUCACCAGGCCACUUAACAUGCCGAAUAAUGGAAUUGAAUAAUUACCAAAACGAACAAACUGUAGCCACUGAGCAUUGCCUGGGUGCUGUAUGUGCACGGACGUCACCAUGUCUUGAUGGACACAGCUCUUUCAUUUUUUUUUUGCUUAGCAAAGAAAUUUUACGAGCUGUAUAAAAAUAUGUCGACUUUAAGCAGAAAAUAGUGCAUGUUCUCCUUAGCAAAAGUAAGCAAAACACCAGUGACAGAUUGUACAUUAGACAUGCUGUUUUGGCUGGUAAUCUUAUUCCGGUAAGCAUAAUUUUGUUGUGCUUUCAGCUGCUUGAGUUUGAGACCUCAAAA